CAUACGCAUAACAUCAAGAGCAGUGCAUUUUGGUUCCAAAGUCGCUGUUGAAAAGGACAUGGCUGAAACAACGGAUCAUAAGGGGAAGGGUAUUGAAUUGCCUGUUGCUAUGGAUUCAAGUCGAGACUCUGAAGACGGUAAACGGGUCUACUCAUGUCGCAGCGCCCUGUCUAAGAAACUCCUUCCAUUCUUCAUCAAUGAAGAGCUUACUGACAUCCACAUCAAGGUUGGCGGGAGGAAAUUCGCUGCUCAUCGAGUCGUGUUGGGUUCCUGGAGCGAUGAACUGAGAAGCCUUCUUGAGACUGCUUCCUCUGAUAACAUCAUAGAGCUCGCUUCGAGUGCCACUGACAAGGAGAUCGCAGUCUUUGAGAUGGUCUUAAAUUUCCUCUACACAGGAGAGGUGAGUUUCUCAUCGACUAACGUGAGAAUGGUCAUGAGUCUGGCCAAACAACUAGGACUCAAGAAGUUGAGCGAGAUGGCCCAGGAGUGGGUAGGAGAAAUGAUCAACCAAGGGAGCAUGGUUGGUGCCAUUACAUGGUUGAGAGAUGCGGCAGAAUGCGACUACCUUUCUGUGAAGAACGAUUGCCUGCGUACCCUCUCUCUGUAUUUCCAGUACAUCCCGGAGUCAUCAUGGUUAGGGCUUACCCUCGAAGAACUUUGUAGUAUCCUAGAAAGGGACGAUCUUGUUGCGGAUAAUGAAUUAGAAAUAAUCGCACGAGUUGAUGACUGGCUAAAGGCUAAAGGCAGCAUAGAAGGCAAUAAGGAUCUUUAUCUCAAAAUAGUGCCUAAAAUCAGAUUUUCUUUCGUUAAAGUAUCCGAGCUUUCGAAUAUCCAAGAGACGUCAGCUAUCGUUAAAUUCGCAUCUGAAUACUGCCCGGCGACAUUGUCCGAGUCAUACAAGUACAGAGCCCUUUCAUACGAAGCUGGAGUGCGCGGUCAGUAUGACGCCGGCAGUAAUACUGGCAAUCCUCGAGCGGGUUAUGAUUCCCUCAAGAAACCCGACCUUCAACCACGACUUUAUCUAAAUUUCAUGCCACCGGGUCUUACUACCCGUCUCUAUGGAAGAUCGCAACGUCAAAAUGAUGGCUUUAGAGAAGUCAGCGUUGAUCAAUACAGAACAGAGAUGACGUGCGCUGUCAGAGACGAAACUGGAGCUUGGUCACUGGAAUCUGAAUCCCGUUACUUCAAGUUUGUGCUCAAAUUCGAAACUACCAAUAUCGGAGACUCUGAAGCAUGGGCCGUGAAAUACGAGAUCGAUUCAACUGAUUCGCCACGAUCUGAUUCAAGAUACCGAAUGGUUCUUGUGACAAGGCCUCAUGACAAAGACUCGGACUUCUACCUUCCCGAAAACCCCAUAGUAAUGACAAAGGAAGGCUCCUUGAACAACUCAAGGGCGCAGAAUCCUUCUGCUACAUUCAGCGUUACCACUCCUCCCGUCUUUGCUGGUAGGAAGCCGAGAAGAGUAGAAGUUGCCGCUAUUGUAUACAUGAUAAGAUGAAGCGAGACCUAGACACAGGAGUAGACACAGGCUCCAUCGUGGAUAGUGCUAAAGCUUUACAUCACCUUCCAUACGUACCAUAUUUGCAAUUAAUCGUUUAUCAUGAGACUGAAGUUUUAGGUGUGUUGCCUUUGUUUCUACAAGGCAAGAUAAACUACCUACAUAUACAUGUAAUAGAUUGAUAAUGCAGGCGCAAAGCGCGAGAUAACUUUUAAAAAUUAGACAUUUUGGAGGGCUCUUGUCUUUUUCAGUGUUAUUCCCUUUGUUGUACCCUCUUUUUAAAUUUUAAUUCUCAUUUAUUUUCUAUUUUCUCUACUUAUUUUACAUCAUAAACCGGGAGAAAGAAUACUACCAAAUACAUGAAAAAUGAACGGAUAUUCAAAAGUAUCAUAAAUUGAACGAGGCACAUCCCCAUGAACUUCGUUCCGGCAGGGGUAAAUGUAAAAAAGAUAAUGUCAUGUGUUAAAACGUGACAAUUAAAAUGUUAUUGUAUUUCAUCACAUAUUUUUAUUUUCUUUCUCUAUCCAUGAUCUGUUUCAAUCAAUGAAAAUAAACAAGAAAAUUCAGAGGAACAAGUUGAUGGUCAUCAUGCGCAUAUUAUUGAUAUUACUAUCAUGAUCAUGAAUAUUAUGUAUACUCCCUCCUUUUAAUAAUCAAACUUGUCAUGUGAUUCGUCAUAAAUAUUAUGAUGUUCGACCAUAAUUUAUUAAGGGGUGAUAACACACGCCAUAGUAGUAAAAAUGAAACAUUAUAUUGACACUCGUAUAUAUAUGAAUUCACCCAAUAGUAUCGGUUUUUUUUUUCUUAAGAAACAGAAGGAAUUAGAAUAUAGUUUAGCAACGAAGAAAAAUAAGGACCCCAUUCAUUUUAAAAAAUAGAGACAGGAUUUGUGAUGCUAAAUCUUUAGAAUUAAAUAUUUUAAAGUUUAUCCUGCAUGCCCGACUUGUUUGGAUUUUUUUCAAAUUAUCGUAUACAAUUAAUACCUUACCGUGCUGUGCUGAAUUACUAUUACUUUGAGCUAUGAAUGUGUUUAAUUUAGAGUUGCUAAUGUAUUUUUAGGGUUUUUUUUAUCCUGUUCUCUUUUAACUUGUUUCCCUAUUUUCCCAUGCAAUUGUUUAUGUUGUACUAUUGUAUUCAAUUUUAUGCAAAUUUACAUAUCAUGAUUAUUGUUGAUACAACGUUAAGGAAUAUUCUUAGACAUGUCAGUCGGCUGUUCAUAUGCUAGUUAUUCUUGGGGUGUUGCAGGAAAAUAUUUGCGGUCGAUUGGGGAAAGAAUUCAGAUGCAUAUUUAGAAAUGAUAGAUCAAUUUUAACUGAAGCAAAUCAAUUUAUAUUUGUUGAUGGAAGAACAAGAUCCUCAAUCUGUUGCAAAUAUUCAAUGAAAUGCAUGACUUUCGAUUGAUUUGGGGACCUACAUGUUACAUAGUCUUGCAAUCAAUUACAACAGCCCAUUAAAAUCGUGUGUAACCUCACCACGAACUUUAUGAAAACAACAAUGACAUAAUUGCAUUUCUAUUGAUGUCCUAAAGCAUGUUCACCCAUUGUGUCAUUAAUUACUUCAAUACUGACAUUGAUGAGUAAGUAUUUGUGUAUUAUUUUGUAUUUAGAGGUCCUGUAGUCAUAUUCAACUUAUGAAAAUACAGCUAUUUUCUAUUUCAUUCGUCUUUUAAAAAUGAUGAAAAUCAAUUAUUUCGAAAAUCUGCUUUUGAAUAGCAUUGCAUUGUCAGUUUUUGAUAAUGAAUAUCUGAGAAGUUAUUUUGUUUUAUUUUCUAGCUCAUUUACUAUUAAUUCAUUCUGAAUUGACCCGUUUUUAAGUUUCCAAGCCAAUUUCAUUUUAGUUUUGUCACACUUAUUCAUUUUUUUUGUCAGUAGCCUAGGAAUAUUUACAUUUGUUUCGAAGAAAGCCCUUUUUAUUUCUUUUCUGCACUGUAAAAAAAGCUGUUUAAGACUUUUAACGCGUGGUUUAAGCCCGUCAAUCUAACAAGAAGGUUUUAGACUUUUAAACAAUUUUCUAAACUUUUUACACUGUUUAAUUUUGUUAAACUACUUGUUUGAAACUUUAAACAACUUAAAAUAAGUUUUACACAAAGUCAUUCUAAAUGUAAUUUUUACAUUGUGAUUUGUUAUGUUAAUAACUUGUAAAACUAAAAUUAGCUAUAUCUUUAAUUUUACCUAGUGUAUCUGGUUGCAAAAUAUCAAUCUGAAAAUAUCGAUGUCAGCUAUGGUGUAGUAUAGGGUGAUGCAUCGCUCUGACGAAACUUAAAAUUGUUGUCUCAUAACUUUCUUAACAUUUUCGCAAAUGAAGGAUUUCUUUUUCAUUAUUUCUAUCUACAUAAUUUUAAUGCACUGUAAAUAUCUUUACAAGUAUAUAUGAUCAUAAAGAUUUAUUUCUAAUU